AUGACAUGUGCUGCCAUCUAGAAAUGACAGUUACAGCGUAUAAACACGGAUUCGUAUUAAAAACGCUGUAAAUUUAAAAUUGCUUUUUAAAAUUGGUUAAAUUUAAAAAUAAAAUGUCAUGAAUUUUAACUCAACGGAAUUGCUGUUAGGAAGACAAAGAAGUCGGCAAUGGACACCUCUAUUAACUCAACAAUUACGGCUACGCCAUGUCACACAGAUUAUUGCUUUCAAUAUUACAUCGAAGAAAUUGGAUAGUUUUUACUUUACAUUGCAUCUAACCACCAUGUGUGCUCCGUUUUACACUAGCGAGAAAAAUAAGGGGCCAAAUUUAAAGUGGGUAGAAUUGGAUAAUAAAAUUAUAUCCAACAAGUCAGCUUCAACUGUAGUAUUAAGGGUAUGGCAAUGCAAAAUGAACGAAAUGGAUAAAAUGGUGUUAACUUGGGGCAUUAACUUUUCGGGUCUUGUUUAUAUUGGUAAUAGGAUUACCGAUAUUUUACCAUCAUACUUUAAGGAAAAUUCUGUGAUAUUUAAUUUACAUGGCGGGUUUUUCACCAGUCGGUUCACCAUAAGAACUGAUUUAAAGAAAUCUCUACCUUUUGAGGAUAGCCUAAAUAUAAUAGGAAGUCCUGAAACAGGAAUAAUUUAUAGAUGUAAAACGGUUAAUACCUUGAAUUCAGAGGUUUACAGAAGUUACAAUUUGGAUAAAUUAAGAAAAUUGCAGUCGCUGCAAAUUUCAUUAAAAAAUAGGUCGGAAGACGUUAAAAUCAUCAUAGAUAAAAUUAAUUAUAAGAACGGGGAUUGUGAUAAUGUAAAUAAUAGCACCAAUUCAACUACUUCUAGUCCAUCCAGCAAAAUAAGAUACGAACCACAGUUGUUGACAAUGAAUUCGUUAAAUAGGAUGUUAUAUGAAAAACCAACAACAGUUCAAAAACAGGAAAUGAGUCGCGUUAAAAAGGAGAUAGAAAAAGCUAGAUUCAAAAGUAAGGUAUUGUCUAAUGAAAGGGACAAAAAAUCUGUAAGAAUUAGGCAGUUAAGGCAAAGAUAUAAUGCCUGUGUUGAAGAGAAUGAUACAAGAAAUUGUGAACUGAUGGAAAACUAUCACACUCUAAGCAGGGACGCGGAAAAACUGAAAGAAAUAAAGCGAAAUUUGUGCCAUCACAGCGAAAUUCAGCAGCACGUGAACGCGCAUGUGCAGCACAGAAGAAGACAGCUGAUGAGGCAAUUACUGUUCAUCUACCCGAUACUAAAGAGGUCCGAUAGCAAGUACCUGAUCCACAACAUUUAUUUGCCCAACUCCGACAUACUGGCAGACUGUUCGGACGUCGGGUUGGCUGUGGCUCUGGGCUACGUGACGCAUAUUUUGAUAAUGUGCUCGACGUUUUUGCAGGUACCGCUGAGGUACCCGAUGACUCAUUACGGGUCGAGGUCUUGCAUCACCGACAAUGCGUCUCCACUGUUGCCGGAUAAGGACCGAGAAUUUCCCCUUUUCGCCCGCGGAAAAGACAAAAUGCAAUUCACCUACGCGGUCUACCUGCUGAACAAGAACAUCGCGCAGCUGCGGUGGCUGUACCAGCUGCACACGCCCGAGCUGAAAGCCACGUUGCCGAACCUCUUCGGCAUGCUGCAGGGCCCGCGCGACCGCGCAGCCGAAGCGGCAACGCCGCUGCCGCCCAUCCAGUCUUCGGCGAAGCUCGCGAGCUUUCGGGGCGCGGGCCACGCCCAUUUCUCCGCGAACAUAACCGAUCCCGUCAUACAAGAGUGCAUCAGAACGGAAAGCAGGAUCAAGAGGGCGACGAGUCCGACGAGAAAACCGGCAACGUCGCCCUCGACGGCGAGGAGAGCGGGCGGCGAUCGGGGGCGGCGCUGCACGAACUCGAGGUGCACCAAGGAGCUGGCGAUCCCCGAGGCGUACCUGAACCAUCAGAUCAGCAGGGAUUCGUUCAAGACGAUGGCGAUCGAGGGAUACGGCAACAUGGCCUGCUGUGGGAGCAGUCCCGCAACCUCAACCGCAACCUCUACAAACGGUUCUGCGGUAAACCUAAGCAAAAUCGCCGGUUUCACCGAGCAACCUGAAACCUACACCUACGAAGACCACCUGAACAACGACUCCAUAGAGGAGGGUUGCGAUCCCUUGGACCCCUCCAACAAUUUGUCCAUGGCGUCCAAAUCCGUGGAUAUCGGCGGCCAAAACGCGGACAAAUCGAAGGAGAACCACCGGUUGAGCAGAUCCGUGGGUUCGUAUACGGAGGAAACCAGUUUACAACUGAGAACCUCCCUGGAAAUGGGCUCGGAGCCUUCGCUGAACCUCUCGUGCAAUUCCGAGGCGGACAAGUCCACCGACAGCGAUCAGAAAAAGUUUUUGGAGAAGUGGCUGGAAACGGGCCCGAAUCUGGUGUGCUCGGAGGAGAGUUUGUAUCCCGAGGAAAUUUUGGGCACCACCUCCUCAAUUCAAGCACCAAAACCGCUCACGGCCAGAACGGACGCUCUCCUAAACACCAAGUCCUUCAAUCUGGUGAGACCAAAAUAAUUUUUUGUGAUACUUUGAUAUAUUUUUAUUGCGAGCCGGCGUGAUGAGAUUUUUAUGACGCGCCGUUUUAAUAUUUAUGAAAUAUUUUUUUUAAUUUAAAAUUUUAGGUUUACAAUAUUAUUUCCAAUCAAUUUUUGCAAAAAUUUCCAACCAUCAUUUUUUAAUAAAACUAAUUUCUUAAGUAUAAUUUAUUUGGUCAGAAUUUUGUAAAUCUUAAAUAAAUAUUUAAUAAAAUUAUUUAGAUUAAAUGAGUAAAGUUAAAUUUUUUAGUAUUUAAAAAUAGUGUCGAGACAUUAAAAAUAAAAACACAUAUAAAACAUUUUCUAUCAAAAUAAUUUAAAAAGUUAAUUUUUUUAAACUC